CCUCCGACUGUAAUCACGAUGUCACAGAUCAAUAGGCAUGGACGCGUGGAUGCAUGGAUGCGUGGACAAAUUAUUUUACCUUGCAACAAAAAUACAAGACAGGCAGCAGCUUGUUCAGUGCAGUUGUGGGCUUCACAUGAGACCCGGGGCUCGCAGUCUGCAUCGGAGGACAAUACGAGUGGAAAGAAAUAUAGAGACACAAGGUGUCAGCAGCACCGCCCCACCCCCAACCAUGGUGACCAAAAACCUCCCUGCACAUGCGCAUUACAACUCGGAGAUGAAAAUCAACCCAUCUGAUCCCCGGUCCUGCCUCCCAAGUUCAGCCAACUGUUCUUACAGGCCGCAGCUCCCGAUGCUUUUACUGGUCCAGAAUUGUCUGUCCACUUCUCCCCUUCGCCGAUGACGUCCAUUUCCGGCAGAGUAGCCUCACAAAGCUUGUGGUAAGCUGGUUCUCUCAUAAUACAGAUGGUGGCAAGUUGGUGCCCCUCAAAAUGAA